GCCCUGCGCCGCCUGACUUGGCCAGGCAAAGCCCGCCUGCAGAGACCCGGGCCAGCCACCGGACAAAGGGCGGAGGAGGGGCUGGACGGCGCUGCGAAGUCCGAAAGAGGCCAUUUAGCGACUCUGGCCAGGCCAAGGGGAAUGCAGAGGAGACACAGAGCCGGCGGGCCAAGAGGACGAUCCGGCCGCAGAACGCAGGGCGGGCGGCGAUGGAGGCUGCCCGCGCCUUGCGCUUCCUGCUCGUGGUGUGCGGCUGCCUUGCGCUCCCGCCGCGGGCCCAGCCGGUGUGUCCGGAGCGCUGCGACUGCCAGCACCCCCAGCACCUCCUGUGCACCAACAGGGGGCUCCGCGCCGUGCCCAAGACCAGCUCGCUGCCGAGCCCGCAGGACGUGCUCACCUACAGCCUCGGCGGCAACUUCAUAACCAACAUCACGGCCUUCGACUUCCACCGCCUGGGGCAGCUCAGACGGCUGGACCUGCAGUACAACCAGAUCCGUUCUCUGCACCCCAAGACUUUCGAGAAGCUCUCGCGGCUGGAGGAGCUCUACCUGGGCAACAACCUCCUGCAGGCGCUCGCCCCGGGAACGCUGGCGCCUCUGCGCAAGCUGCGCAUCCUCUACGCCAACGGGAACGAGAUCAGCCGCCUCAGCCGCGGCUCUUUCGAGGGACUGGAGAGUCUGGUCAAGCUGCGGCUGGACGGGAACGCCCUGGGGGCGCUGCCGGACGCAGUCUUUGCCCCCUUGGGUAACUUGCUCUACCUACAUCUGGAGUCCAACCGGAUCCGUUUUCUGGGCAAGAACGCCUUCGCCCAUCUGGGGAAGCUGCGCUUCCUCAACCUCUCUGCCAACGAGCUGCAGCCCUCCCUACGCCACGCGGCCACCUUCGCACCGCUGCGCUCCCUCUCCACCCUCAUCCUCUCGGCCAACAGCCUGCAGCACCUCGGGCCGCGCGUCUUCCAGCACCUGCCACGCCUUGGCCUACUCUCGCUCAGGGGCAACCAGCUCACGCACCUCGCGCCCGAGGCUUUUUGGGGGUUGGAGGCCUUGCGCGAGCUGCGCCUGGAGGGCAAUCGGCUGAGCCAGCUGCCCGUGGCGCUGCUGGAGCCUCUGCACAGCCUGGAGGCGCUGGACCUGAGCGGCAAUGAGCUGUCUGCUCUGCACCCCACUAUCUUUGGCCACCUGGGCCGUCUGCGCGAGCUCAGCUUGCGCGACAAUGCGCUCAGUGCCCUCUCCGGGGACAUCUUCGCCUCCAGCCCAGCCCUCUAUCGGUUGGAUCUAGACGGCAACGGCUGGACCUGCGACUGCCGACUGAGGGACCUGAAGCGCUGGAUGGGUGACUGGCACUCGCAGGGCCGGCUCCUCACUGUCUUCGUGCAGUGUCGCCACCCUCCGGCCCUGCGGGGCAAGUACCUGGAUUACCUGGAUGACCAGCAACUGCAGAACGGGUCUUGCACAGAUCCCUCACCCUCGGUUUCCCCGACUGUCGAGAGCAAGCGGCAUGCCCUACCCACAGCCCCGGGGGAGGAGGUGGCGCCCCCUGCAGGUGCCCUCGCGGAGGAGCCGCCGCCGCAGCCACAGCCACAGCAACGGGGUCGAUUUCUGCCAGGGUUAGCCUGGGAUGGGGCCGCCAGGGAGCUUUUGAGUAAUCGCAGCGCCCUAAGGAUGAGCCGGCGGGGCCCGGGCCUCCAGCAGCCGAGCUCCAACGCCGCUGCUGCCGCGGUCCCGGCGCCACACCCCCUGGACCUCCUCGAGAAGCCUAAGCGGGGACGUACGACUCCGUCGGAUCCUGCCCACACGGAGCCCACCCCGACGGCCACGCUGGGCUCUGCGCCAGCCGGCGACCCCUGGCAGCGCGCGGCGAAGCAGCACUUGGCUGCGCAGCAGCACGAGAGCACCGCCCAGUCCGACGGCGGGAUCGGCCUGCCGCCGCUAGUAUCCGACCCGUGUGACUUCAACAAGUUCAUCCUGUGCAACCUGACCGUGGAAGCAGUGGGCGCCAACAGCGCCGCGGUGCGCUGGGCGGUGCGCGAGCAUCGCAGUCCCCGGACGCUGGGCGGCGCGCGCUUCCGCCUACUCUUCGACCGCUUUGGCCAGCAGCCUAAAUUCCACCGCUUCGUCUACCUGCCUGAGCGCAGCGACUCGGCCACGCUUCGCGAGCUGCGGGGAGACACCCCCUACCUGGUGUGCGUGGAGGGCGUGCUAGGCGGACGGGUCUGCCCGGUGGCUCCCCGGGACCACUGCGUGGGGCUGGUCACCCUGCCAGAGCCUGGGAGCCGGAGCAGCGUCGACUACCAACUACUGACCUUGGUCCUGCUGGCCGUCAACGCACUGCUGGUACUCCUGGCCUUGGCGGCCUGGGCGUCGCGCUGGCUGCGUAGGAAGCUGCGGGCCAGGCGGAAGGGCGGGGCCCCAGUCCACGUUCGCCAUAUGUACUCUACCCGACGGCCCCUGCGCUCCAUGGGCACCGGCGUGUCGGCCGACUUUUCUGGCUUCCAGUCGCACCGGCCGCGCACCACCGUGUGCGCGCUCAGUGAGGCGGACCUCAUCGAGUUCCCGUGCGACCGCUUCAUGGACAGCGGGGGCGGCGGCGCGGGCGGCAGCCUGAGGCGGGAGGACCAUCUCCUGCAGCGAUUUGCCGACUAGGUAGAUCCGGGCCUCCAGGGGUGUGGAGACCAUCUUACUGGCCUUGAGGAGCCACCUCUCCGCGGGCCCUCGCAGCCCACCUCAGGGGAAGAUCUCAUUUUAUCCGACCUUCUCUUUUCCCCGUUUUGUGCGCUUGCCAGAGAGGCCAAAGGGGACAGAUGGCUAAUUAAUUCUGCACCACCUCCCAAUCCCAGUGUUCACUCGUGAAGUAAAUGGAUGGUAUUGGUGGGCAAGAGCAAGAGUAGGGGACAAAUGGAUGGUGGGGUCCAGAGGUGGGAGGCCUUCUUAACGUGCAGACAUUGGUGCAGCUAUGAUAAUGGAUUUUUAAUUUUUUUUGGCAUUGUAAUCAGUAGGCUGGCCCCCUUUGGGAUAGAAAAGGGUGCUCCUUGCUCCCUACGUGACCAGAAAGAGAUUUGGAUUCAUGCUUUUUUUGUUUGUUCAGUGUCAAACAGAGGAGUUUUGUUUCUAUUUAAGGAAAAAAGAACUUAUUACCAUUACAAAGGAGGCUUGGCAACUGACUUCACUGGCCUGGUGUCUCUGCCAAGAAGGGUGAUGUUGUAAACAGGUUGUAAAGUUUAACACACUCGCGGAGGAACUCUUUGUUGGUUGAUAGAACAUUCAGGAAAACUUAAUGUUUAAAUAAUUAGAGACACUAUUUUUUUUUCAAUAAUGUGAAGAGCUCUUAACAUUUAACAAACUGACCAAUAAACUCAAGGACUAUUUUAGUUGAGCCGGGAAGUUCAACUAUUUUCCUUUUAACAUUAACACCACAAAAACUUUUGCUGACCUUGGGGUUAACUAAGAUUACGUAGUUUCUCAGGAGAAGGCUGCAUGCAAGACUUCUCUGUCAGGGUUGCUCCUGUGGCUUUUUAUUUUUUUAAACCUAUAUGUGGAAAAGGAAAUGUCAAUGCCAGACUCGAUAGAAGAAUGUAACGUGUACAUAACCGAUGACCCCAUAGGGAAUGGCAGUGUUCUAGUUCACUUACCACAUCUCUGACAACCUGUCCAGAUUGGAAUAAAUGUGAUGUGGUACUUCCCAAGUUUUCAUCAGUGACUUGCAGUCGACUGUGCCCUACUUCUCUUGAGUUGCACAGUUAAGUGAUCAAGAGCCUGGCGAGCUUAAAGUAGAGUUCCUGGCUACCUGCUUAUUAAUGAGUGCUGCAGGGCAGCUAUUCAACCUUUCCCACUGAGACACACAUGCCAGACUGUUCACGGCCUUGGAGGAAUAACAGAACUGCUCUACCCUUUCUGCUCAUUUCCUGUCACAGGAGAUGUGAUUUUUCAGUGGUGGUCUCCAUCGUCAUUCACCUAUGGCUGCUAGAUCAGAAGACUGACAUUAUCUGGAAAUCUAUGAAGUAAAAGGCGUCCAAGACCCACUCCCUGGGGAUGGUGUGCCAAUAAGGGUACAAAAAAUAAGGGAAGUGAGAAUCUCUCAUCAGAACUCUGUUCAUUGUGUAUAGAAAGUUCUAAAAAGAACAGAAGUGUUUCUGAGUGUCCCUGAGUGAACAUAAAUUCUAAUGCUUCUAUGGAAUUUUCUUAUUUCUUUGACAUCCAGCUAUAGGCUAGAUUAAAACCCUUGGCCCUAAAUGAGAGUCCAGCCUUCUGUGGGGUGGGGACGGAG